CAACAACCAUCAAUCAAUAACCCAGGGCCUCGAAACCCGUGGGCAAGCGGGGGGGGCAACCUCGAUGCUUCGCCUGACCUCUGAGCGAGUGAACCGUAGCAUUGGUGUAUCCCCCACUGGGGCUUCUACAACAAUGUUCGACUCGAGUGAACCACUGGACGGCGUGAAUCAGGGUAGACAGUGACUGGUUGGAUUGGAGAAGAGGCCAGACACAAGAAGCAUGGUAAGCAACCAAUGCAAACAUCGCCAUGGCAAAGUGCGCGAGAAGAAGGGAAGCUGUUUCAGGUCUGACCCUGCGGUCUGUCUUCGCCUGAGGAAAACAACUUACCCAGGCCGCGCAGUGAAGAUUCCACGACAUCUGCCAGGAAGUCGUCGAAGGCGGACGAAGGUCGCGCCUCCUGACAAGGGCACGAAAAACACCAGCAAGUAAAAUGAGAAAGAAGGUGGUGAGAGAGGCAGGGGAAGACCAAAUGGGAAAUUAGAAUGAGAAAUGGAGAUGGCGAGAGAAAGAGAAAUCGAGAGAGAGAGAGAGAGAGAAAGCGAGCGAGGGAGAGAAUGCAAAGAGGAUACAUGUAGGAAGGAAGGUAACUAGAACAAGAGCGAAACAGGUAUAAAGAGAGAGUGGGGACGAAAGAACGCAAUGACAAUUUAAGGCGCAGGCACGCAACGGUCACUUGCAUACGUGUGCACGCUCAUCAUGCUCCUAUACUAUACACUGUCGCUUACAAUUGAUCUAAAAGCAUGUCCCCCAAUGAAGCACAUGCGAGUGGGCUGCCAAAUUAACAAUUCGUUGGCCUCCAGCGCAUCCUCCUGCACCGUCGCCUAUGGGCGGGUCGUUGGAACAUGUAUAGGGUCUGUGGACACUUCUCCAGGGAGAGGGGGGGCUGUAAGUGGAUGGCUAAUUUAACGAGUGCGCCACAAUCCGCACUUCAGGGAGGGAGAAAGGAGGGUGAUCUGCACCACUGCGUCCUUUUCGGUUCAAAGGCUGCGACCCCGAAAGGACUAUGGACUGUACAGAACUUCAUGUCGCCACCCACACAUAUUCCCCUUUUACUGCAACGCUGUUCGUUGACCUUCGCCUGGGUGAGGCAGGCACUCAGGCAGACUUGACAACACCCAGCACAUGUUUCCCCAGCGCAACUUUGGUUGAAGAAGAGGAAAGCUGCGGGGAAUGACAGCGCGACGAACACAGGAAAUAAUUCUUCAGUGAAGCACAGCCCCAGAAUCAAUCCACUGAGGCUCGGAACAAACGCAAGGUUGCCGAUCAGAAAAUCUGAGCCCAAGGUCCGUGCACGACCACGUGAACUUAAAAGCCCGACGAAAACAAAAGGAGAGAGGGGAUGAAGAGACUACGCGAACUGCCACAAUGCAUCAGCCCCUGGCGUUGGUCGAGCACCCCCUGUGGCCUGAACAGCCACCAGUUAUACAACCAACGUUGAAGAGAACGUGCACAUCGACGACAAGCCGCAUCAAGGCGAAGUGAGACGCCCACCACAACGCUGAGCUGGACAGCAGCACGCAGAAAAAAACAAGACAAGACCAACGAGGAGGGAAAGACGACGACUGAAGGAAGACCCCCACAGCCAUCCUCCAUAAGCAUGCUGCCGCCGUGUAAGGCCCUGCAAAUGCCAAUGUGGUGGAGGUGAGGAGAAGCAGGCAGAGGAGGCAGAGAGAGGGCCAGCCCCAGCAGGGUCAGCCCGCGCUCCGCCUCUGGGAGGAGAGUGGGACGCUCCAGAGCAUGCAGCUCUCAGUGCCGAGCGGAGCGGCAUGACUGGAGCUGCAUCCCGCCAGGCGGCAUGCGCAUGCCGCGGAACUGCACUAUCCAGUACAUGCGUAUGCUCACCGACGUGCACCAGCAUCAUCGCAAAUCGCGCGACCACCACGCCUCCUGGAGUGGCACCACGGGUCACCUGCACAGGCGGAACCAACAACAUGACAUCAAAAUCUGCCUACGAAAACUCGUCAGCCGAGCCGCAAGACGUCUACUGGGGCCUGGGUCCAGCGAGCCUAGGGCGGAAGGCCGCAAAUGCGGCUCGAGUAUCGGCACUCUGCCAGGACAGCCGAAAUAUCACCAAGGAGGACGGGGAGCAAGAAGAGGAGAAAGAGGAGGGAUUGGAGAGGAGAGGAAGAAAGAAUGACUGCCCGAAUUUCCGCCCGACGUCUGAAAUAAGCAGACCUUGACACAAUGCGCAGCUGGGCGUGCAUAUAGACGCGCGGCUGGACGUGCGUCUUAGACCCGCCAGGGAUGCAGUUAGGCACUGGCGGUUUCCGCGCGAACGCUGCACGCCUAGCGGUACGCGAGAGAGGAGGCGUGGGCGGAACAUAGAGGGGAAGGACGACACCCAGCGACGAACGACGAAAACCAUGCAUUGCACCAGGCCCGGCCCACCCCAGUAAGAAAACAGUGACCGCGUGAGACAUUCGGCAGCGAAUCCGCCGUACAGGCAUACUGAAAAGGAGGAAGGGGAGGAUAUUCAAGAACGGUGCUGAAAACUAGUCCGCUAUACGAGACCUCCUCACGGCCGUCUGAAUGAGAUGCUGUAGCUUCGGGUGGGCAAGCGCGGCCGCCCGAACAUAGCCACGGAAUGCCUCUGGGGCGGCGGCGCACAAUUGUCCGUGUCGCCACGCAUUGCGUGUCCGAAGCAGAGCAUACACGCCAACGGCACAAAGGGCAAUUGCAGCCGCCGUAGCCCCUCACCCCUGCACAGCUCAGGGAGGGAGGACUCCCAACGUGUCAUACCUUCUUGAACCAGGAGCCAGAACAAACAACACCACCACAACCAACUCGAGGAGCCAAGGGGGGUCCUCCUGGUGAUGUGGUCACCCCUCCACGCUCGAGACAUCCUCUAUCACCGGUUCGGGGAGGCAUCGUGAAUCACCCCUGGUGGUGGUUGUGCCGCAUUUCUUUCUUCCGAUUUCAAGGGCGCAUCAUGCAUCUGGAAUCUAGCCAGCACCGGUCCAAGAAAUCAGCGCGAACCUCCACAAGUGUAUGUUCUACCCUGCCUCGACACGUGCCACGAGGCCGCCGACGGCAUUCCCAGAAGCAGCGGGGCGCCUGGCGCGAAGUGCGGCAGUGCGCAGGCCAUGGCUGCGAGGCGGGUAUGUAUCCAUUUCCACCGCCUGUGGAACUGACGUCCUGAGACCCCAG